GCCGUCGUGAUCAGUGUCGGUCGGCACACCUGACGUGCGGUCGCGCGUUUUCCAUCGCACGGCGCAUCACUAGCCCGUUUAAAAUUCGAACUCGCCGAUAUCCGGAACGCCAAUAGUCGCCGCGCGCGCUCUUUGAUCGAGCCGCCGUAGUGAUGUGUGUGAUUUGAAACGGUUGUCGUUAUCGAUAAACAGGUUGAUCGUGACAAACAUGAUGACCAUGGACAUCGGGAUGUACAACAACCAGCAAAAUGGGUACGGAAGCGCUGAGUACUACCAGCAGGGCGCAGCUUACCAGCAACCUUACGAGGCCUACCACGAGGGCUACUACGAGCCCUCGUCGCAUUACUACGAGCCUGUGCUGCACGGGCAGCCGCCGCAUGAUCAUCCAACCCCUGUGAUAAGCACAGACACUGGAUUGUGCUAUACGAAUUUGGAUUAUGGGGAGCUGCAGCCGAACUAUCCGUUACACACGUUGCCUCCUCACCCUGAGCCUUUUAAACACAGAGAAGAUGUUCCGAGGCCGGAGGAGAUGCACAUGCAUGACCACAAAUUGGACAAUCAUUAUUUGGAGACGAAGUAUAACAUGCAUUUUGUUGACGAGUCAGCAAUACAGUACACGGGUUCGCCCCUGCCUUGUGCUGAGUUCGAACACUAUCAGCCAAAGGAUGAGUUUGGGGGGUUGAGGGAAGGGUUCCCGCGGGAGGGGGAAUGCAUGAGUGCGCACAGCCAUAUUCCCGGGACCCACCAGCAACACCCAUCGCACGCGGCGGUGCCUACUUACAAAUGGAUGCAAGUGAAGAGGAAUGUUCCCAAACCCACCGCACCGAAACUGAUGAUACCGCCAGCAGAGUUCGUGAACCAAGGCGGCAUCGGCAGUCCCCAAGAAGGAAUGCGCACACCGACCGGCAGUCAGAUGUUGGCCAACCCACUACUUAACCUGAACAACACCGGCCGGACCAACUUCACGAACAAACAACUGACCGAACUGGAAAAGGAGUUCCACUUCAACAAGUACCUGACGAGAGCGAGACGAAUAGAGAUAGCGUCGGCGUUGCAACUGAACGAGACGCAAGUCAAAAUAUGGUUUCAAAACAGACGGAUGAAGCAGAAGAAAAGGAUCAAGGAAGGUCUAAUCAUAGCACCUGAGGUGACGCCGUCGCCGUCGCAAAACAACGCCGUGGGCUCCAACGAAAACAGCAGAGAGUCAAGUUAAGCUGUUUACAGUGAUACCGUGGACUUUAUAAAAGAAAAUGAGACUUUACAAUGUAAAUUCGGUAUAAAGAUUAACAAAACAGAGACGUAUUGAGUAUGUGUUGGUAUAAAGAUAAUGAUUUUAUUUUUUUUACGUUCUAAUUUUAAACUCGUGCUCGCGAUAUAAGUAUAUAUAAAUUCCCCGAUAGAUUAGAUAGUUCAAUUGAAAAUGUAGAUACUAAAUCAACUCUCAUCUGAUGAUUCACAUACUACAUAAGUGGUAUAAACACAACAUCAUCACAUCUUAAGAGAUUAACAAACAAUCAUCUAAAUUACUAAAAAGAAACAGCAAAUUGUCAAUUGAAAAGUUUGAUCAAACUGUUUAUAAAUACUUUUAGCGAUAAGGUCGUCCAUUGUUCUCUCAAUGUGAUUAUUUCUUGUAAUUGUUUGUAUCUAUAAUAAGUUUACUACUGUAAUCUUUUAGAGGAAACAAUAAAGAGUAUCAAUCUAUGUUUUCAACGUUUGUAUGUUUCGUAUACUGGUGAUGAUAAAACUGAAACACAGCCAUAAAACUGAGUAAAUAUUGAUAUAAGGAAAAAACUAAAAAACUUCGCUCCACGCAUCUCUGUUUUGUUAAUCUUGCCAGUGAACUAAUGAAGUGUAGAAGUGGACACUAUGGACAGUAGUACAAACUAAUUCCAAUCAAUAAGUUCGACUCCUGAGAGCCUACCAUGAAAUGUUUUCUGAAAUUUCGGAACCAAAAGAAACAGAAAUUUGAUGUUAAAAUUACAUAAUACAUGCCGUUUGGAAAUAUUAAAAAUGUUAAAAUAUCAUUCCUCUGGACUUUUAUGAUAGGAUGUAUGACGAACGAAAUGUUAAACUCCAUUUAUUGGUCCGAUUUUGGUAUAAACAAAAACACGUAGUUGAGUCCGAAAUUUAGGAAUUUCAUUUCACGGUAGACCCGCUGUUGUUUGUUAUUUAAAUAGGCAACGUGUAACGGAACGGGUAAUAAACGUAAUAAUGGUAGAUACAGUCAUAAUAACCAUAAUUUUUAUUUCGGACUUUUUUGGUCCAUUAAAUAUUUAUUAGUAAUAAUAUUCCUAAAACUAAUGUUAGUAAAUUUACACACACAAAUACAAACUAUAAAUACAUAAACUAAAUUGUGAUUACUGAACUUCCAAUGCAUUCCCGUAACGUGAAAAUAGAAACGAACUUUCUAUAACUUUUUAGAAUUCAAAAAACGUGGUUGAUUCUAAGACGCCCUCGGGUUGGUACUGUUUACUAAACUUCUUUACUGAUUGCAAAAAACUGCUAAUUGUAAAUCAAAAUCUAUAUAUUAUCUGUAUAUAGGUACAAUAGAAGAUGUUGAUUGACAUACUGACCCAUAUAUCAACGCACGGCCGAAACCGUUAAAUUUUGAAUCUUGGAAUCUUACAGAACGGUUUUUUAUAUAGCGUGAGUGAACAAUAAAAGAGGAAUUUUGAAAAAUCAACCUCUAAGAGGGUAAAACGAGGGUUGAAAGUUUGUAUCUAUUUAUUUUCGUCAGUUUAGAAAUUAGAAACGAGAAAUUUUAAAUUUAGACUCUAAAUUUAAAACAAUAAAUUAAUAUAUUUAUUGGCUUUUAAAGAAUUCACUUCUAAACAACUGAAAUAGGGCAUAAAAAUUUAUAUGGGAAGCGAAGUUGAGGGCGAAAGCUGGUCCAUAUUCUAAAUUUAAAUAUUUACAAUAUAGGGUACUUAUAAAACUUCUUCUACAUAUAGUACUUAUCUAUGAAGCAUCAUGUUAACAAUGAAAAUGGUUUCAUAUUACGAAGCAAUAUACUCUUGUCUUGGAAGAAAAUUCCUCGAAUUCACAACUUGUCAUACUUGUACCGUUACACGUUGUAUAUUUAGUAAAUUAAAUCAUGAUAAAUACAAUGUUUUAUUGCGUUCAAUGGUUUGAUUAUAGCUAUCUAUAGUUUAAGCUCCUUAUUGCUUGGGACAAUAGAUUAUAAAAUAUAUAUAUAUAUUAUCUCAUAAUUUCAUUAAAUUAUAAUCAUCCGAAACAAUAUAACUGCUAUAAUUAAUUUAUUAUAUAAUACUUAGCCCUAUUUAUCAAAUCAAUAUCUUUUUUAUUACAUAUAAUCAAUUUGUUUUGAAUUCACUAAACCAUUGUAAAAGCGAUUUCCGUAAUAUCAUUGACGCCUACUUAAUCGGUCUGGUAACGGCGUGACCAAUAUCUCUUUAUAGCAGUUGUAUUAUUAUAAUUAUUAAACAGUUUUUUAAUAAAACAUUACCGCUUAAUACAUAUGUUUCUCAGAUGAGAAUAAAGUGGAUUAAAAACAAAUUUAUCUAAGUAUUCUUGAAGCAAAAUUGUACUAUGAAACUCUACCAGUGGCCGUAGCCCAGCACGUAGGUAACAUUGAGGGGCAAUACACUACCAUAAAAAGCCCAAUGCCCUACCUUAAAAUGUAAAUCCCCAAGAAAA